AUGCUUUUCAAGACGUCCUUGCCAGCUUCACUGUUUAUCACUGUACCAGAAGCUAAAUAUGAAGGGGCCUUCAGAGUCAUCGCUUCCUCCCCUACCAUAGUAGACAUGAUGAUGAUGACACCUGGAUCACUGGCUACAUUCUAUCUCCAUUGGACAUUAAAGCAUGUUACAGUUGCUAAUCACACACUCUUUGAUAGUGAUCAUGGUGCACACAACAUCGGCUGCAUCACUCAUGCAGAUUUUGAAAGUCAUAAUAACACAUUUUGGUUGGGACCUGCCUAUGGCCGUCUCUGCCCUACUCUUUGGCGUGACAUUCCAAAUAGUGAUGAGCAGUCUCUGGUCAUAGAAUGGAAUACCAGAUUCUCCCUGAGAUCCAUGCUUGCUCGCUCCCAUACUGUCUGGCAUCUUUCAGAUCAAUGCGCCAAUCUUUACUGCCCAUAUAACCCUUCCAACAAUGCACACACUGCCUUACUCUCUCCUGAUCCCAUGCCAUCUGAUCUCACAAGCAUUAUGUCACAGGAAGCGUUCCUCGCACUAGAUCUCACACUAAGUCCUCAUAUCAGUUCUAGUCCUCUAACAUGGUCAAUAUCCAUCUCAGGCCUAGGGAUGAAUUCCCUAGGCCAGAGCUCUGCUCCUCUGCUCCUCUGCUCCUCUGCUCCUCUGCUCCUCUGCUCCUCUGCUCCUCUGCUCCUCUGCUCCUCUGCUCCUCUGCUCCUCUGCUCCUCUGCUCCUCUGCUCCUCUGCUCCUCUGCUCCUCUGCUCCUCUACUCCUCUGCUCCUCUGCUCCUCUGCUCCUCUGAGUUUCCAGAAGUUCCUCUGGAACUUUCCUGCAGUCCUCUGGAUCUUGUCCUUGCAGCCUUUCCUCUGUUUGCUUCUACUCAGGACAAGUCCUGA